AUGGCCUCCUCUCGCCGAGGACAACCCUCCCUCUCGGUCCGCAUGCCCUCGAACCAACCCCUCGACCGUCCUCCCAUCGACGCACUAUUCCUUAUCCACUUCGACGUCAAGGCCGGUUACACCAUCCUCUGGAAGCAGUCCGCCCCGGGCAUUGAACUCGAAGGCCUCGUCGAGUACAAGUCUCUGCCCUCGGGCCUACACACCGUCUCUGAGGAUCUCAUCUACUUUGUCCACGAUGGCGGCCACGCCGGUCUUAGCGCCUUCGUCAACAUGCCCUGCGAUGAGGAGGAAGCUCGUCAUGCUAGAAUGAUCGCCGUUGGCGUCCUGGUCCCUCUGAGCUACGGUCGCUUAGGUCGCGCCUGGAGACAUGCAGAGGCUCUGAAGGAAAUGGCCGCGAAACUCGCCGAGGACCGCAAGAACACCAGCAUUCUGGAAGAAUACUGGACCGCCAAUCGCGAGAAGCAAGGCCAGGGGAACCGACGUCUCUCGGGUGAGACCCCCGUGAGCUCUCCGUCCCUCCAUUCACAACCUUUUGGCCGCAAAGGCCACAGCCGGAACCGAUCCGCCUCGGACGGCGCCUCCCUAAUACCUACCGGCAAUACCCUCUCGCCAUAUCAUCCCGCGUGGAGCUUGACCAGCCUAUUGGACAAGUUUGGUCCUCUCAUUUUUCCUAUACACCGCGCUGCCUUGCUGCGCAAGCGCAUUCUAAUAUCAUGUCAUGCGCCAGUUCAUGAGAUUUGCGAUUUUGUUUAUAAUAUCUCUGUGCUUUCAAAUAUUCCCUUGUCCGUUACCGAUAUCCUCCCCACUUCGACCUCGACACAGCGCUUAAGGCCCUUGUUCUCUAUUGGUGUACACGACAUCCCUUUCCUCAUGGAGGAUUUUGAGGCCUCCAAGAGGGAACGCAGUAGCGAGGAUGCGGUGGACGAUGAGGCCGGCUCUGGGUGGAUCGCAUGUACCACUGACAGCAUCCUCGCCAUGAAGGAUACUCUGUGGGAUAUGCUCAUCACCAUUCCUCCGGACUACGCCUCUAAUGCUGUCGAACGGGUCUGGCCUGUGGUAGAAUGUCCACGGGGGCAGCCCAUCAAGGCCACUCAGCGAGAUCUACGCCGCUUCACUUCUCUCAAGAAUGGCCUGGCUCGUCUAGCAGCUCCCCUCUCAACUCCCAAUGCUGCCCCUGAGUCUCCUGAGUCAGAACGACGCGUCUCCACUCAUUCAACCCGCGUCGUGCGUGAUCCUCGCGACGAUGCUGUAGAAACCAUCGUCGAGCCAUUAAGCUGGGCAGCCCUGGCAUAUAAUGGAUACAUGUGGUGGGCCAGCGCCGGUGAGCAGCUCAGGUCUGAGCAACAGGAAGAAGCAUCUCGCGACGCUGCUCUACUGGCCGAUUUAGGUCCUUCAUCAAUGAGCAUGCCUCGCCCGAGCUCUCGUUCUGAGCCAUUAUCCGAAUCUCUCACCUCCCUCACAGCACCCAGGCGUACCAGCCACGACUCGGACGAAGCCCGUGUCGAACUCGCCAUAAUCGCCUAUUUCCACCGUCUCACAACCCAGAUCCUCUCCGUACUAGGUGAUCUGGCCGACAGCCAGGACGAACCCUACACUGACCACGAUGACGAUGAGGAUCUAUCACAAGGCUCUGGUGAGCGGACACCUCUCCGUCCAACAGAAGCCGAUCUCGACGAUUUGGACGCCGACGCCAUCCGGGUCGACAGCCACGCCGUGGAAAACAUGGGCCUCGACGUCUGGAGCGACAGCGACUCACUCUUUGUCCGCGAGCUAUCAACCCUCUACUUUGGCCGCUCAGCCCGCAUCGAGGGCAAGGGCGUCGAAGUCUGCGGCGUGAGGGUCUGUUGA